AUGCUGGUAGACAACUUGAGCCACUGGGUCGACGUGAUCCAGACGCUGCUCUGGUUGGCUGCUCUGUUCUCUUCUCUCUACUGCGUAUUCAUGAAGAUUGCAUGGUACCAAAGUAGCGAGCCGGCCGCCGAGGCGACGCGGCUAUUCCACGCCUUCACUGACCGUAUCCUCUGGUCCAUCUUCGUAGCCUGGUUCACCUUCGCCUGUGCCACUAGACGGGGAGGAGUUCUUUGCAGUUUCCUCUCCUGGGAAGGGUUUGUGCCGCUCAGCCGCCUGUCAUUCGGCGUUUACCUCAUCCACUAUCCAUUCUACCUCCUUGUCCAUCACGUGAGCCGGGAACGUAUCUUCUAUUCUCACUUCAUUCUAAUUUCCCAAUGCUUCUCAGUCAUCGCGUGGAGCUACAUCCUAAGCUACUUUUUAUUCAUUGCCUGCGACGCGCCCACAGGAAAUCUCGACAAACUAGUGUUCAUGCGCCAACAACAAAGCAAUGUAGCGUGUACAAGCACAGAAGUGCCCCGCACGAGGCAGAAUGAUGCAAGCGGCGAGCAAAGCAAAACACUGUCUGAUCGCAAUUCCAGGGAAAGCUCUGUGAACAGCAGUGUAAUUGUGGCCCCAGUCCCAUAUGGGGCGGCUCUGUACUCCGACGAACAAGAUUCUGAGGAAUGCUGGCGUUUGUGA